AUGAAUGCUUCUCACCCAGAAACAAAUUCACCAACUGAGUAUCCUCCUCAAAAUCCUCCAGCAGCAUUUCAAGGACCUCCAGGACAUACUGGCUACCACGGCCCACCAGCUGCCUUUCCUGGGACACAGACAGUCUACCCUGGGCCACUGGGUGCCUAUCCCGGAACCCAGGCAGAUGCUGGCCCAGUGGGCUUUCCUGUUCAACACCAACCCAUGUAUCAUCAGCCAGGUGGAUCUGCAGGACUACCACAGAUGCCAGCACCACCACCUCCAUCAGACUGUCCACCAGGGUUGGAAUAUUUAAGUCAGGUAAUUUAAAUACAUAAAACAAUCCUAAAAAAUAAUACCUUAACAAGCUUUGAAACAAAUAACAAAUAUGAAAUUAAGAACAGGUUUGGACAGAGGAUUUACUUUGCAGCAGAGGAUACUGAUUGUUGUACCCGAAAUUCCUGUGGGGCUUCCAGACCUUUUACCAUGAGGAUUCUUGAUAAUAUGGGCCGAGAAGUCAUAACUCUGGAGAGACCUCUAAGGUGUGCCAGCUGUUGUUGCCCCUGCUGCCUUCAGGAGAUAAAAAUCCAUGCUCCUCCUGGUGUACCUGUAGGGUAUGUUACUCAGAUUUGGCACCCAUACGUGCCAACGUUUACUCUUCAAAAUGAGAAGAGAGAAGAUGUACUUAAAAUUAUUACUCCUUGUCUUAUCAGCAGUUGUUGUGCAGAUAUUGAUUUUGAGAUUAAAUCUAUUGAUGAAGAAAAUGUGGUUGGUAAGAUUUCCAAGCAGUGGGCUGGUUUUGCGAGAGAGGCAUUUACAGAUGCCGAUAACUUUGGGAUACAGUUCCCUAUAGACCUUGAUGUGAAAAUGAAAGCUGUGAUGCUUGCCGCGUGUUUCCUCAUCGAUUUCAUGUUUUUUGAAAACAAUUCAUGUACUCAAAUAAUACAUUCAUUCCUGAAAGCAAAAUUGUGGUAA